AUGAGCGCAGCGCUUCGCGUGCCGUUGCGUGCACUCAAGAUUGAUCCCGCUACGGUGAUCGGGAAAACGUCCAAACCCUCGACAUCCUCGUUCCUUCUGGCCUUGAACUCGCCGCUAGGACAGUCGGCCUCCUCCGGUAUACUUGACGCUUCAUCUUGGGGUCGUUCAGUGUCUUCCCAGGGCUCGACCGUCGCCGCUUCACGCCGUUCUUUCUCAGUUAAGGGUUCUCCUCUCUUGUAUGCGGAGACUGAGAGCAAGCACAAGUCUGAAAACGGGUCCAAUGUGAAUUCAUUGCAGCGGAGUGCUAUCAAAUGGUUUUUUCUUGGAAGUAUCCUCGGUUUGGGUGCAGUGACGUUCUCCGAUCAAGUGGAGCAUGCGUUCCAGGCAGCGAAACGCAGUGGGCGCGUUGUUGGCACACUUGCUGUCUGUAUCAACGACUACCGUAUAACCCUGAAACGAGACGCCUCGUCCCCCGAAGAACAUAACGCACUGAUUAGCGCCUGCCACAAGCGAUGCGCCGAACGUACACUCCGUGUCCUAGAAAAGAAUGGAUCGAUUUUCAUCAAAUUAGGCCAACAUCUCAGCAGCAUGGGCUACCUGCUUCCCAUCGAAUGGACCUCGACCUUCAUCCCACUCCAGGACAGAUGCCCCGUCUCGUCAAUUGAAUCAAUUGGCGAGUUAUUCCGCAAGGACACAGGCCAGGAUAUGAAUGAGUUGUUCUCCUCUUUUGAAUCGACACCCAUCGGUGCUGCAUCCCUGGCACAGGUUCACAUUGCUACAUUGAAGGACACCGGACAGAAGGUCGCGGUCAAAGUCCAGCAUCCCGCGCUGGACGAAUGGGUGCCGCUGGACUUGGCUUUGACUCGAUUCACUUUCUCCAUGCUGAAGCGCUUUUUCCCUGAUUAUGAUUUGGAAUGGUUGUCUAAGGAAAUGGAUUUAUCGCUACCACAAGAGCUGGACUUCCGCAGGGAAGCCCAGAAUGCCACUCAUGCUAGCGAGUACUUCCAAAAGCACUCCGAUACCCCACUGGUCAUUCCCAAGGUGAUCUGGUCCCGAAAACGGAUCCUCGUCAUGGAGUACAUCGCAGGCCACCGCCCCGACGACCUGGAGUACCUUGACGCCAACAAUAUCGACCGCGACGAAGUCUCCGCUGCUCUCGCACACAUUUUCAACGAGAUGAUCUUCGGCGACAACGCUCCACUUCACUGCGAUCCGCACGGCGGCAACAUCGCCAUCCGCCCGAACCACACUCGCUCACACCCCAACUUCGACAUCGUCCUCUAUGACCACGGUCUCUACCGCGACAUCGACCGCGACCUGCGUCGCAACUAUGCCAAAAUGUGGUUAGCCGUUCUCGAUGCGGACUUGCCGCGGAUGCGCGAGUUCGCGUACAAGGUCGCCGGCGUCACGGACAAGCAAUUCCCGCUCUUUGCCAGCGCAAUCACCGGCCGAGACUACAGCGUUCUCACGAAGGAAAGCGUCGUUUCCACGCGAACGGCUAAAGAGAAAGAUGACAUCUCCGAUGCGUUGGGUGAAGGCAUGCUACAAGAACUGGUUGUCUUGCUAGGCCAGGUUCCGCGGAUUAUCCUUCUUAUCUUGAAGACCAAUGACCUCACUCGCAGCCUAGACGAAAACCUUCACACACGCCAGGGUCCAAUGCGCUCUUUCUUGAUCCUCGCGCGGUAUGCCACACGCACUGUCUUUGAAGAGCAGUUGGAGCUCAUCAAGGAGUCUGGUGGUGUCUUCCGUAACUUCUUCCGCUUCAUGUAUGCCUACACGAGCUACCUUCGCGUCGAAGUCAAGUUGUCUGUUUAUGAGUCUCUGCUGUCCUUGAAGACUCGCUUCGGUCUCCGGAGCGGUUAG